GGAACACCCAAACUGCAAAACACACGCAAACUGCCUCCUCGCGCCUCGUCCCAUCGACUCACCAACUCAUCUGCCUCCGCCCGCGAUCUUCUUUCUUGACUCUCCGCCUGGUGCGAGCCCAAGAUCAUCAACUGUCGUGCCUCUCUUUACCUCACCUGCCGCCAUCACCCCCACAGCCGCGCUCGUCGUCAAUAUCCCCUCUACUCCCGACCAGCCUCAUUGCUUGAAUCUUCAACAUGGCUGACGUCGCAACUGCGCCGAAUCCGCAGCAACCGGUGCCUCUGGACACGAUCCCAAUUUCUCCGUCAGAGAACACCAAUGGCUCAGCCGAGGAGUCAACGGCAACCACAGCUACUACCAACGAUAGUGAAAUUAAGACUGUCUUUGAUGACCCAGACAACUUCAAUGUGAAGCAUCCUCUGAUGCACACUUGGACCUUGUGGUUCACGAAGCCCCCGAGUGGCAAGGGCGAUAAUUGGAACGAGCUUCUCAAGGAAGUCAUCUCGUUCGACUCGGUCGAAGAGUUCUGGGGCAUCUAUAACAACAUCACACCUACCUCGGAUCUCGCGCUCAAGUCAGACUACCAUCUAUUCAAGAAGGGCGUACGCCCAGAGUGGGAAGACUCGCAGAACAAACAUGGGGGCAAGUGGGCCUUUCAGUUCAAGGAUAAGAAAGCGAUCAACAUCGACGCACUUUGGCUGCACGUCAUGCUCGCGGCGAUCGGAGAGAACCUCGAGGACGAAGAGGACAACGAAGUUAUGGGUGUUGUCGUCAACGUUCGGCGCGGGUUCUAUCGCAUCGGUCUUUGGACCCGAACAGUGGGCAAGGCGCUCCCCGGCGAAGCGGGCAAAGGCAGGACUUUUGAGCAGGGGAAGGAAGUCCUGUUGAAGAUCGGCCGUCGCUUCAAGGCCGCACUGCAAUUGAAGGAGAAUGAGAAUGUGGAAUUCUCUGGACACACGGACUCUGCGCACGCCGGCAGUACGCGCGCCAAGGCCAAGUUUGUCGCAUAGAGAAGCGUGGCGAGGGAAACAAACGGACGGACCACCAGCAAGACUGAUGACUGGCUGGGCUGGCACGACUGCCUUUGCCUGACGAGUUCUAAUCGAUGACCACGGCAGUCUGUGGACAUGCUAUGACGGCUCUUGGGAAGAGGUCUGGAUGUACUUUAACCGCACAUUUUCUUCAGUUUGCAUACCUCUUCUCAACGUCCGUCUGCACUGCUUUAGGGGGAGAAAACAAAAUUUCAUAAUGGGCUCACAUGACAAGGGUUGGGUUUCAAGCAUGGCGUAUGCAUGGGUCGGCGACGGAUGCGUCUUCUGGUCUUUUUUUUUUUUUUUCUCGAUGGGUUUACAUGAUGGCCAUGACGACGGGCAGUCACUGGCCGAUAUGAGUGGCGG